AUGGCGGGAUUCAACCCCUCUACCGCCCCCCCUCCCGGCGCCCUCGCUCCCGCCGGCUCCCGUCCGCAAACCCGCGGCCAGAAGCCUUCCUUCCCCCGCUCCGCUUCGCUGGGCGCUGGCGGAAAAUCCUCCUCCGUACCUCCCCCCGCAUCGAGCGCAACGCAUGAGCGCAACCUCCGCAGGCGCUCGUCCGCGGCGGGGUCGGCGGGAGCGGAACUCGGCACACGAGUCGCGGCGGCGGCGGCAUCCGUGGCAGCGGCAAAUGCGGCUCCGCUGGUUGCUCCUACGGCUGCUGAGCUUUCCGUCGCGGCGGAGGCGGCGGAAGCGGCGGAGACUGCUGCGGAGGCGGCGGCGGCGGCAGCAGCGCAGCGGAUUGCGAAAGCGCGGGAGCUGAUGGAGCGGCUGCACCAGCCGACGGCGCACGAGAUGCGCCAGCAGCGGGAAGAGGCGGAGCGGCGGGAGAAGGCGCGGCAAGAGAUGCUGGAGAGGCAACAGAACGAGGAGCGGCGAAAGCAGGAGCUGGUAACCCGCGCUGCGACGAUCAUCGCGACCGCGGGGAUGCCGGGCGCGCGGGAGUUCCGCGCGGAGCAGGAGCGGCGGGAGGAAGAACGGCGCGCGCAAGAACUGCAGGAGCAGGAGCAGCGGGAGGCGGAAGAGCGGCGGCAGAGGGAAGAGGAGGAGAGGCGACAGAGGGAAGAGGAGGAGCGGCGGCAGAGGGAAGAGCGGCGCCAGCAGUUGAAGAACCGGGCGUCUACGAUUGUCGCUAAUGCGCCUUCGUGGGAGCAGGCGCUACAGCAGCAGCUGCGCCACCACGAUCAAGAUUCCGGCGCGAAAGCGAGGGAAACGGAAGCGUCUCUGGUGCUGUUGCCGCGACGUCGCCCACUGACGCUACAGAUCGACGACGCAAGCGCCGACUGUAACGUUGUAACGGUCGCUUCCGCGACGACAGGCUCCGCCAGGUCGCAAGGCGCGUUGGGAACAGAACGCAGCCCACGAUCAGCGCCGCUGGCGACGCCGGCGGCGGGAGCGAAGUCCCCCGGCUCGAUCUCCCGGGGCGCGGCGCGCUCGUUCGGAUCCCCCUCUCCCGCAGCAUUCCUUCCGCCGAAGUCUCGCGCUGCGCCGACCUGGGGCGCAGACGCAGCUUCCGCCAGGGACGAGGCGGGUAGGCCUGACGUCAGUAGACCGGAGGCAAUUAAAUCUCCCAAAGGCGCGGCGCAGCUUUCUUCGUCCUCGGGAGGUCGUCACACGCGGAGCUUCCACGGGCAGCAGCAGACUUUCCACGGGCAGCCGGGCGAUUCGGUCGGGCAGAGAAACGGGCAUGUAAAAAAGUCGGUGUCGUUUCCCGACAUGGGGUGUUUACACCCGCUGGGAUUUCCCGGCAAGACCGCGGAGCGCAGUAACACUACGGGUAGUAGCAGCGCAAUUCACGGCGGAAACGCGACGACUACUACUAGCAGCGGCCCCAGGCGUAGCCCUAGAGCCUCGCGCGGCGCGUCGACAAUAGAAAGGUCACCGAGGAGAGGCGAGUCGAUAGAUUUAACUGGCGAUCAUUUAGUAUCGGUUGAAGAGGACGACUGGGGUCGCUCGGGGAUGGAGAGGCGACGCGAGAGGAGGAGAGGAGGCAGUGACGGGUGCGCGCUCGCGUUGACUGAUGACUGGGCGGCGGAUUAUGAUGACGAUGCUCCUGUAGCGAGAACGCUUGUACCGAGUACGGUUGUAGCGAGCGGGUGGGAGCGCGAGAUCAGCUUGGCGGAUCUGCCUCUAGACUCUGCGCCGGUACUGGUCGUGUCGCCCCGCCCGCCCCACGCUUCCGCCGAGCUUCCCCCCGCGGGCGCGCCUCCGCCGAGUCUGCUCUCCCCCCGCCCCAUGGAAUUACAGAUUGAUCUGCACGAUAGCCCUUCCUCGCCCUCUCCUCCCUCCCCACUCCCUCUCUCCCCCUCUCCCCACGCUCCCUCUCGCCACCCUUUCUCCCCUCACUGCCCGUCCCCUUACUCCCCCUUCCCUCGCUCCCCCUCCCAAGACGCUGGGAAACUCUAUGGCGCAUCGCCUAUGCUUCCAGCCUUUCAGGGUGCCAGUAGAAAGAAGGACUCUCUCCCGCCUCUCUCCCCCACCUGCAUUCCCCCCCACGCCUCGCUUGCCGGACCAGCCUCCAAGGCUCGGCACGCCUACCCCCGGAGCAAGAGCUCCGCCGAAGCAGAGGGUUCGCCCCGAGAAGGCAAAUCUCCCGAACCUGAGUAUUCUCCAGGUUGGGAUGAUGUUGGUGAGGUGAACGGGGUGCGAUCCCUUGAUGAACGGGUUCGAGGUUCGGGCCGAGCCUGCGCUGCCGAGGUUGAGGAUUUGCAUAGUGCAGUAUCCCGAGCCAAGACCGUGGAAGGCAGGAUUGAGGGAAGGGGAGGGGGACGAGGUAGGGGAGCAGCGGGAGGAGGAGGGGCGAGAGAAGUGAGAGUGGGCGAGGGUGUGAGAAGAGGGGAGGUGCAGCAGAGACGACCUGGGAAUCGGUCCCAUAGUAAAUCCAUGGACUCAGGGUCAGGAGGUGUGGGAUGCAGCAAGCAGCAAGCAGAAGCAGCAUCAGACAGCCCGGGUAAUAACGGCAGCCCGAGCAACCAGGGUAAUCCGGGCAACCGGGGUAACCAGGGUAACCGGGACAACCAGGGCAGUCCGGGCAGCACAGCAGCAGUGGGAGACGGCAAGGCGAGAAUGGGGUCUGAAAGAAUUGCGAGGAGAGGGCUCGUGAAGCAUGUGAGUAGUGCGGUGGAGAGGGGCAGCAGAGGGAACUCGUCAGGGGAUGCGGCUGGGGAUGGAUCAGGGAGAGAUGGAGGGAGAGGCAGGCACAGGCUGGCAUGCAAGACCAUCAACAAGGCCGCUUUCAAGUCCAAGUCCGACAUCGAGAACGUUCGUCGCGAGGUUGCCACCCUAAACCUCCUCAAAUCCCACCCCAACGUAAUCCACCUAGAAGAACCCAUCGAAACCCCCAGCGCCAUCCACCUCAUCAUGGAGCUCUGUUCAGGCGGGGAGCUCUUCGAUCGAAUCAAGGAGCGGCGGCGGUACAGCGAGAGGGAGGCGGCGGCGGUGAUGCGCGCGCUGCUGGGCGUGCUGCAGAGCUGCCACCAGUGCCACCACGUGGUGCACCGCGACAUCAAGCCCGAAAACAUCCUCCUCGCCCACCCCUCCUCCCACACUGACGUCCGCGUUAUUGACUUCGGCGUUGCCGCGUUUCUCAAGCCCGGGGGAAAGAUGUUGAGCGAUGCCGUUGGGUCGCUGUUUUAUAUCGCGCCAGAGGUGAUUUCUGGGUCGUAUGGGACUCCGGCGGACGUGUGGUCGGCGGGGGUUGUCCUGUAUGUGCUGCUGGCCGGCGUGCCGCCGUUUUGGGCGGAGACGGAGGCGGGGGUGGCGAGGGCGAUCAAGGAGGCGGAGGUGGGGUUUCAGGGGUCGGUGUGGAGGGGUGUUACGGAGGAGGGGAAAGAUUUGAUUCUGCGGAUGCUGGAUCGGGAUCAGAAGAGGAGGGUUUCUGCACAGGAGGCGUUAGAACCUUACAGGCCCUUCUUUGGACCACUGGCGAACUGCCACGUGGAGACCAUCUUUGCAGCCGUGGCGCGCUCCCUGCCUGCCGUGCGGUUCAGACGGGAGUGCCUGAGAAUGGCGGAUGGCGGCACGGUGGCUCUUGAUUGGCCCGUUGGGGGCGAGGCGCUGGAAGGCACGUCGGCCAAUGGCAAGGUGCCACCUGGCACUCCCUGGCUGAUCCUGCUGCCCGGGCUGACAGGAGGCAGCGGUGACACGUACGUGAGGCACAUGCUGGUGCGGGCCAGGAGGGUGGGGUGGGGCACCGUGGUGUUCAACUCCAGAGGCUGCGCUAACAGCCCCGUCACCUCGCCCCAGUUCUACUCAGCAUCGUUCACGGAGGAUCUACGGCAGGUGGUGCGCCACGUGGCAGCGCUGCAGCCGCUCUCACGCCUCUAUGCUGCUGGCUGGUCACUGGGGGCCAACAUCCUCGUGCGCUACCUCGCCCAGGAAGGAGAGGAGGUGCCUCUGUCAGGAGCCGUGUCUCUGUGCAACCCCUUCGACCUCGUGUUGGCUGAUCGGAACUUCCACAUCGGAUUCAACAACUUCUAUGAUCAACGGCUGGGAUCGACUCUCAGGGGUAUUUAUGCCAACCACGCGCCCCUGUUUGAGGGGCUGGGUGGCGAGUACGACAUAGACCUCGUUGCUCGCGCCAAGACCGUGCGAGAUUUCGACGUGGGGCUCACACGAGUCUCAUUCGGCUAUCCCACAGUAGACGCCUAUUACAGUGAUGCCAGCAGCUGUCGAAGUAUCAAGGACGUGCGCUUGCCUCUGCUGUGCGUUCAGGCUUUGGAUGAUCCCAUCGCACCUGCGGAUGGCAUUCCGUAUGAGGCUAUCGAGAACAACCCCCUCACCAUGCUUGUCGGAACAUCCCACGGGGGACAUCUGGGCUGGGUGGCGGGUCUCGAGGCUCCUUUCGGGGCCCCUUGGCCGGACGUACUCACUAUGGAGUUCCUCGAAGGGUUGGAGAAGAGGGCUGUUGAGGAUGAAGGCGAGGGUAUUCCCCAGGAGACUGCUUAUGAGAAGUUGUUUGGGCAAGAGGAGGAGUUGGAAGUGGUUGGAGAGGGUUUGGCGGGUGGUGAGGGUGCACGGGGUCGUGAUGGGGGUAGUGAAGGAGGAAUCAAGGUAUCGUGGUAA